AUUGGUCAGACUGAAUUGUGGACGCUUCUUUUUUCUAUAUUCGGAUCUUUUUUUUUACUCUUUAGGACGUCGACAACUCUACAGAAGACUGGUGUCUAACUAUACUCUACACCUGACUUUGUUGGACAUUUCCAGUGUGACUACGUUCGGCUUGGAAAGGAAGGCUACACGUUUUUUUGUUUCCAGCGAGGAGCAAAUUUUGCGGAAAUAAUCAGGGUCAUGGCUGAACCACAAAGAGGCAACAUCCGUCGCUACUGUAUCCGUGUCCUGGUCGGUAUUCUUGUUUUCGGCAACGUGGGGCUGUACUAUUUUCUGGAAAGCUUUUGGAACAUCGAGUACAUCUACGCUAACCAACUGAGAUUUUGUGUGACAUCACCGACAUCGACAUUCCGAGUUGGGGACGAAUUACGAGUAAAAAUCUCGGCUCGAGAUCCACAAAAUAUGAUCGCAAACGUCGGGGACUUCUUACGGGCCUCCAUCUAUACAUCAACUUCAAGUUCGAGCGCUUUUGGCGACAUUAAAGACCACGAAAACGGCACGUAUACUGUAUUGUUCAGACUCCUGUGGUCAGGGGAUGUCAGAAUCAACAUCCAACUAAUCAGUUCCAGACAAACUGUAGAUAUCAUAGAAAGAACCGUUCUUGAUUUUCCCGCGGACAAGAUUAUGUUCCGCAGACGAUACAUGACCGAUGGUGAAGAACCCGUCCACGUGCUGUGUAACGUGGAUCCCGGAGUGUUGCGCGCAGAAAGCGGCGUGUGUAACUACUCCGACCCGCACGCCGGCGCGCGGUGGUUCUGUGAGAAGGCGGAGAUAUUUUCCUGUGACGAGGACAGGGGGUUUCACGGCAUCCACAUGUACAAGGCAACGGGAGACAUGUUGGAGAAAGGGGAAGAACAACGUUUCAGGAAGGCAUUAUUCUACGGCGAAGCAAACGCAGCCAAAAUCCCUCUCUCUGGAUCCCCAGCCAAAGUCUGUGUCAUGGAAGGUGUGGAUCCACUGGCCAACCGUGCCCACUGCAUGCCGGGACAUCCCAACCCGCCUGUCUCCGGGUUCUACCACCAUGGCGUCUGGGAGUCGCUAGUUUGUGAAAACAGACAUUUCAUCACCAGAUCAGAGUGGGAACAAUGUCUCACGGACAAAACCCUGCACUUCUUCGGCGACUCUACCAUACGGCAAUGGUACGAAGAACUCGUGAAGAUCUUGGACAUGGUUGAGGUACCUAUUGUAGGUGCUAUUCACAACACUGGUCCGCUGCUUGCCCAUGAUUCAGAAAACAACAUCACGGUGAAGUUCCGAAUCCACGGGCCGCCCCUUCGGUCUGCCUGGACGGCGACGGCUCACCUAAAGUACGUCGCAAACGCCAUCGACGAGAUCCGGGGAGGGCCAAACGACGUGGUCGGUAUUUCUGUCUGUGCGCACUUCACGUCGUACCCCGUGGAUGUCUACAGAGAAAGACUGGCGGCGAUCCGGGCUGCUUUAGAACGGUUGCUUCACAGGAGUCCCGAUACUAUUGUCGUCAUCAAGUCUGCAAACACGCGCACCGGCAACGAGCUGAUCGGAGGCAACUGGCUACUUCACAAGUUGGACCUGAUGAUGAGGGAAAUAUUCGCAGGGAUGAAAGUCGUUUUUCUGGACGCCUGGGAAAUGACCAGCGCCCAUUGGAGCGAGGACAAUAUUCACCCUUCCUCUGAAGUAGUCAAGCAAGAACUGGAGUUUCUAUGUUCUUUUAUUUGCCCUCUAUAAUAAU